AUGGUGCCCCAGCAGUACUGCCUCCGGUGGAAACACCACCACACCAACGUCCAGAACAUGUUCGCGCAGCUGCUGGAAAAAGAACGAUUCUGCGACGUGACCCUGUACUGCUCGCCGAGUUUCGCCACGCAGGUGCCCAAUAAGGACACCGUCGAGCCGCAGAACAUUCGAGGGGUGUCCCUCAGGGCGCAUAGGGUGGUGCUGGCCGCUUGCUCGGAGCUCCUAGGCGCCCUGCUGGGAGCGCACGAGGCCCACGGGGAGCCGGUGCUGGUGAUAGACGGCGCCGAGCCCAGGCACCUGCGCGCCCUCCUCGACUACAUGUACACGGGCGAGAUGAGCGUCCACCACUCCCAGCUGGCCAGCCUGCUGAAGACCGCCGAGGAACUCCGCAUCAAGGGUCUGACGGAUAUACGGUGGAACAACAAGAACGAGCCGCCCGACUGCGAGACAGGCGUUGUCACCGCCACGGCGACUAACCCGGAGGGGGCGGCGGGCGGAGACCAGCGGCCGGUCGAGACCAGACCCGCGGCGGAGACAGGGCGCGCGUCGGAGACCGGACCGGAGACCAGGGCCGACGCCGAGGGCAGGACGGAGGGUAGACAGAGCGAGAAGUUCAACAUUAACGGAGGUCCCCCGCCCCUGAUAAAACUACCCUUGAAGGAGAAAAGCAGUCCAGUCAAGAGGGAAUUUUCCGACAACGACAGUCCCAGUCCUAAGAGGCAGCGGCUCGCUAGCGGUGCCGAGCAUUCCGAAGACGAACUUCGUACACCGAAGACCGAGCACGAAUGGCAGCAUGGAAAUAUGGACAUAACGGCGGAGCGCGUGGUGGGGUGGGGCGCGGGCGAGGUGCCGCCCGGCGAGUGGUCGCGCGACGCGUCCGACGACGAGUGGGCGGACGCGCCGGCAGACAUCGGCUCCUUCCUCAGCACGAGGCUGCGCGUCGACGGCGACAACAGCGCAGAUGAGGAGUCCGACGGCAGCACGGCCCACACCGCCGGUUCAGGGUCCACGGUGACCAACCAGCCGUCGGGUCCAGCGCACACGGAACCCUACACGCUGAUACGUGAGCAAGCGAACACGUCAGGCUCGAAGGGCCAGGUGGACCCGCGCUUCACGGACGUGGUGAAGCUGAACGACUACCUGCAGCACGGGAGGCGGCCCCAGUUCUGGGAGGAGAACUACGUCAAGCGGGUGAUGGAGGCGGUCCGCCUCAAGGAGCUGGAGAUGAAGCAGGCCGCCGAGAUCCUGGGCGUGAGCUACGGCACCCUCUACGGCCGCUACAGGGACGUCUACGGCUGCAUCAACAGGCCAUACCGCACCGCGCGGGACUUCUGGCAGGCUAAGGGCCCCUCGGAGGUGCUGGAGAGGCUGCAGAGGGGCGACAUCUCGCUGGAAGCGGCCUCCAUAGCGCUCGGCGUCAGCUCCUCGAACCUGGCCGCCUACGUGGCAGACCUCGCCGACAAGGAGUUCGAGCCGAUACCGAUCGAGGUGGACCCCUCGCUGAAGAUGAGGCCGAGCGGCUACAGCGGGGCGGCGGCGGCGCCGAAGCCGGCAAGGAAACCCUUGCCGCAGCCCCACGACAAGACAAAAAAGAUCAUGGUCGGCAGCCUUAAUGACGAGGAUCCGACACCGGCCACUGUGAUCUCAACGCACGAUACCAAAAACCCGUACAGCGGCACACAAUCACCGGCCUCCAGCGGGAAGUGGCCCUCGAUCCGCGUCGCCUCGUUGGAGUCCCUGCGCGAGGCGUCCGGCCCCUCGGGCGCGCCCCCCUCGCCCUCCGCCCUCAUGCGCACUCGCCCCGACCUCACCAUCGUGGCCGCGAAGCGCGACCGCCGCGAGGAGGACGUA